AUGUCAACAAAAUGCAGUGAAAGGAAACAUUGUAUGCAUAUUAUUUGUUCAGACGUCCUGUGUUUGUGUAUUUUCGUAAGAAGGCGUACAGUGUACACAUUCAACAAGAUCUGUUUGAGGAGACAGUACGCUCGACUUAUCAAAUACUGGACGCAGGUAUGGGUGACAAAACUAUUGAGAAAAUUCAAAUAUGAUAUAAAAUUUUGUACCAGUAUCAAGAAAGCACACAAAGUUCAGCAUAUUGCACCACAUAGCAAUUUUAACACUGAUUGGUUUUAUGUGAACACCGGACUUAAACAGGGUUGUUCUUUGUCACCUUUACUAUUCAACCUGUAUAUUAAUGAUUUGGCCUUGAAAUUGAAAGCCACAGGCAGUGGGGUUGAUAUUGAUGGUGAAAACAUACCAAUCCUGUUAUAUGCCGAUGAUAUUGUACUUGUAGCAGAAAGUGAGAAUGAUCUUCAAAGUAUGUUAAAUGUUCUUCAUAAUUGGCGUAUUACAAACCAUAUGAAUGUUCACCCACUAAAAUCUAGCAUUCUUCACUUUAGAAAUCCAUCUUUAACUUGUUCAGAUUAUGUAUUUAAAAUAGGAGAUACAACUUUAAACUAUGUUACACAGUACAAAUAUCUCAGUCUUGUUUUGGCCGAACACCUUGACUAUUCUAUCACAGCUAAAACUGUUGCUCAGGCUGCUCAUAGAGCAUUAGGAAUGUUAAGUGCUAAAACUAGAGCUUUUGGAGGUAUUCCUUAUGAAGCAUAUACAAAAAUGUACGAAGCUACUGUUGAUCCAGUUAUCACAUACGCAUCGUCUGUUUGA